AUGCGAACUAAGCAGAACGCCCUACCAGCCGCUUACUAUCGUGGCGGUACAUCCCGAGCCGUCUUCUUCAAGCAAGAGAAUCUGCCACAAGACCGCAAAGAGUGGGCAUCUAUCUUCAGAGGCAUCAUCGGCAGUCCCGACCCCUAUGGUCGACAGCUGGACGGUCUGGGCGGCGGUAUCUCCAGCCUGUCCAAGAUCUGCGUCGUGGGCAAGUCCACCCACCCCGACGCUGAUGUUGACUACACAUUUGUAUCUUUAGGGAUCAAAAAUACCGAUGUGGACUACUCGAGCAACUGUGGAAACAUGAUCAGCGCGGUGGGACCGUUCGCGGUCGAUUUCCAGCUGUUUUCACUCACGGAGGAUGCGGACGAGAUCGAGUCUGUUCGGGUGCGGAUUCACAAUACGAACACGGGCAAGAUCAUUCAUUCUUCAUUUCCUGUCAUCGACGGAGAAGCUGCGUCGACUGGUGACUUUUCCAUUGAUGGAGUUGCAGGCAAGGCGGCGCGUAUUCGACUUGAUUUUAUCGAUCCUGCCGGGUCGGUGACGGGCAAACUGUUGCCAACCGGCAGCACGACGGACACUAUCGAUGGCGUGGUCGUCACCUGUCUCGAUGCAGGCAACCCGUGCGUUUUCGUGGAGGCUGCUGCGCUUGGCGUGAACGCUGAUCUGACUCCGGAGGAAAUGGCUGCUCAUCCUACGCUUCUGUCGCGGUUGGAUGCCAUUCGUCGUCAGGGCGGCGUCAAGAUGGGCAUCGCCUCCACCAUGGAUACUGUUCCGGGCAGUAUUCCGAAGAUAUGCCUGGUGGGUGAACCCUCAGUAGGAGGUGCUCGAGCGACUGAGCAUGGACAAGACUGUACUCGCGUCGAUGUUUUGGCUCGUGCGCUUUCCGUCGGUCAGCCGCACAAGGCUGUGCCGAUCACGGUUGCCCUAGCACUGGCUGCUGCUGCGAGGGUAGCUGGAAGUGUGGUAUCUGGUGUGGUUGGUGACAAGAAAAAAGUGGACGAGGCCGGCCUCACGAUCGGUCAUGCGAGUGGGAACCUGCUCGUGGGAGCUGACUUUGAUGAGUACGGGUCCUUGACGUCGGCCACUGUGUUUCGCACUGCGCGAAGGCUUUUUGAAGGAACAAUCUUCUGGAAGAACGAGAUUUUCCAGUGA